UCUGUAAGCAUGACAUAAAUGUUGUCUCUCGUACGGUGUUGCACUUAAACUAAAGAUUCCUUUUUUAAAUGAAAAAAGUCCUGUUCUUUUAAUAUUCUUUCGAGAUGUUUUAAAACAAAACAAGAAAAUAUAUAUCAUACCAUCAGUGCUUUGGAUGUUACCCAGCCUGCUUGGUUCAAAUUUCGGCCACCAGCCAGUGACCGUUGCGGCGGGUGUGAAGUCUGGUGUCAAAAACAUUGCACUCGCCGAUGGUUUCUUUAAUUUUCGAAGUUUCUUAACAGCGCAAUCAUGGCGCAAGUGUUUGAGAUCAGCCCGCCCAAACGCCUCAAGAAAAGUGUCAGUGCAGAUGAGGAGAAUGGAUGUGAAAUUCUGUACCUUGCUCCUUUUAAACCAUUGCCCAAAAUUGUCUUUGAUAAUGUUAAAGUUAAUGCAGAAGCGAAGAGGUUGUUGGUUAUUCGCAAUCCUUCAGCCACCAAAUUGUCUGGUGAGCUUUUAAAUCUGCCUGCCAAAGAUCGUGGAUUUGAAUUUAGUUUUACCUCCUUUGAUUUGGCUGGUGGCGAAGAGACUAGUCUUCUGAUUACCUGGGUCCCUACUGAAGCUGGGAGUUGGCGAGAUACUAUCCCUGUCCGGACCACAUCAAAAUUCAAAUCUGAUAUUGUCAUCAUAAGCAGCAGCUUCAAUCCGCAUGUCAAAAAGAAUGUGAGGAAGCCAGCACCAGCUAAGUCUACCUUUAAACCUACUGUAUUGGCAAAGAAGCUGGUUUUAACUAAGCCAUCAAAACCCUCUUCUCCAAAGCCUUCUACUACAAGGUGUGUUGUGCAACAGCAUGUUCGGAUUGCUAAAUCUCUCCCUAGGACAGCUAGUUCUUCACCAUGCCGCAGGCAAACAUUUCUUGUUAAUCCUGAAAACAAGGAAAAUUCACCAGUCAUACCAUUGCCCUUUGAGAAAAUUGAGAAGAAGUCUAAACAUGACAUAUCCAGGAGAUUUGAAGAUUUUGUGCUGUCACCUUUGAACACAAAUUUUAACACAGGACCAGUGAGAAACAGUGCUAUUGAUGACUUAGUUAUGUCUCCAUUAGUUCUUGGAAAACCAGGUGUUGAUUUUGUUGAUGGUGAUGCUGGUGUUCAUUCAAGAGCAAUUUUACCCAUUGAUGAAGUGGAAGAGGAUUUGUCUCAAGCUGAAAUAAGAAGAGCCACCUUUGACAUUGGCGCUCGCUCAUGUAAUGGUCAAAUAACAGAAAGUUUACCUAGAGGUAUUCACCUUGAAGCUAUGGAAAAUUCCAGAGAUGAUUUCUAUGACAGUUUAGAUGAAGCACAUGAGAGCCCAACAGAUAAUCUUCAGAAUAAUUUAUUUCCUUUUAAUGCAGUCUAUGGUACACAUGUCAGUGGAAAGCAGAAUUUCAAAGAAAUGGCAGUUCCUGAAGUCCGUGAUUCUUUUAUGAAUUCCACUAUAAAGUUUGACCUUCCAUUACCGUCUGAAGAUCCUCGCCGCUGUUCAACUGGUGUGAAGGCAUUUCCCUCACCGCUGCAAGAGGUUACAGAUUCACUGAAGGUUCGCAAAGAUUUAUUUGAUUAUAUGUCUGGUUCCACUCAACAGAAACAAGGUGAUGAGCUAUUUGCACUGGAUCUAGAUGUUUCACAGCCAGUUGAUGGAAUUCACGGGGAGAUCCCUGAGUGUUUGGAGGUAUGUUCAAAUGAUCGUCUCAGUACCAGUACUUACAUUAAAGAUCGGCUCAGCACUGGUACUUAUGUAAAAGACAGAUUGAGUACAGAAACAUACAUCAAAGAACAACAUUCAAGAGGCUCAUGUAGCUUAAAUGAAGAUUCGUGUGACGAGGCAGCCAAACAUGGCUCUGUUAAUUUAGGUAUGGUAUUUUCACCUAGGAUGGAUGAACACCAAAACCAUGGGAAAUCCCCCAAAACAGAUGAUUCCCUAUUUCGAUCAAAAUCCCCUAGAGCUGAGGAUCACCUCCGCUGUGCAAAGUCUCCCUUGCUGUCCAUUCAAGAGGAGGAUAUUUUUGGCAGUGCAGUUGAUAGUCAAGCACCGUGUCGCACCUUCACAAAGAGCACAGCGUUUACAGUGUCAUUUUCUGGUACCAAUGAAACAGACAACUCUUCCGAAUUAAAGAAAAAGACAAACUUCACUAGACCAAAAGCAGCAGCAGCAGUAGCAGCUGCACCACAGAACAGGUCUCCUCGCAGACGUCGCGUAAUUAGAGUUUCUCCCACCUUAAAGAAACCUCUUCCACAUCUCAAAUCUCAAGUGGAUCCUAAAAUUGUUUCAACUAAGACAGUCGGUGUGAAUUUAAGAAGACAGUCUAUUGGAAGCAUCUCAAAGCCAAAUGAUAAAAAAAUAGACAGAAGACUUAGUAUUGGGCCUAUGGGUUCUAAGGCCUCAUUAUCUUCUAGACUGCCAGAGUCCAGACUUUCACUCUCUAAGAAAGAUCAACCUGUGUUCAAAAUUCCUCGUGGGUCCAAGAGAAUUGCUGAAAUGCAGGCUGCUAAGUCAGAAGUUUUGCACAACUUGGAUGACAUUUUGUCUGAAGUGACAAAUGUUGAUCCUUUUGCUGCUUCCACAACAUCGGACCCUUUCCUAAACCAAGCUAUCUACAAUGACAGUGCAUGGAUUGCUAGGCAAGAAACUGACAUGAUUAAGUGGCUUAAUGCCAUGCUAACACCACCUGCAGAACUAGAAACUAAUUCUGAUCAGCAAGUGAUUGAUAUUGGCGACCUCUGGCAAAAAACAUGUCGUAUCAAAGAUGUCAGUUUUGCCCCGUCCCGAGAAGAAGUGUCUUCUGACCUGUAUGAUCAAAACAAUCGUUUGAACACUUUGAGGAAAGGUGCCCUCACCCUCAUCCGCUCUAGAGAUAUUGGCAGUGUCCUGCAGAAGAUAUCAGUGCGUGUGGACCAGAAGGUCCUGUGCAUCCGAGACGACAGAGACUUACACCUGGACGUGGGGCUACAGCACCAGGUCCUUGAGCUGCUCCUCGCCUACAACCCGCUGUGGCUGCGUAUCGGGCUGGAAGCAGUGUACGGCCGGACAGUGCCUCUCAAGUCCAACAACGACUACAUCGGGUUGACCGCCUUUCUCGUCCACAACCUGCUCUCUGAUGCCCACAUCGUGGCCACCUACUCGCACCCCACCGUGCCACAUCUCAAGCUCCCGGGCUUCCAACAAGAAAUGAAAAAGUUCAUCCUGAAGAAGUUCCUCUUCAUCGUGUUCUUCUUGGACCGCGCCAAGGAGGGCAAGCUGAUUGGCCACGACCCUUGCUUGUUCCUCCGGACCGCCAAAGUCAAAGACAGCCGCGACGUCGUAGCGACGUUCGCCAGAGACCUGCUAGCUGGCAUCGGUGAUGUGAACCGCUACCUGUCCUCGCUGGGCUGCAAGCUGACGGUGAAGCAGACAUACUUGGACGAGUUUGAAUACGCCGUCAAGAACCUAUUGGACCUGCGCGAUGGAAUCAGGCUGGUGAGGGUCAUGGAGUUGAUUCUAUGUGACCACACGCUGCAUGAGCGCCUGCGGGUCCCGGCCAUCUCGCGCCUGCAGAAGGUCCACAACGUGGACGUGGCCCUGGGUGCGCUGAAGGCCGCCGGCUACGAGCUGGGCGGUGGCAUCACUUCCAAGGACAUUGCGGACGGCCACCGCGAGAAGACCCUCUCCCUGCUGUGGCAGAUCAUUUACAAGUUCCAGGGCCCACGCUUCGUGUCCGCCGCCGAGGCCAUCCAGCGGUGGUGGCGCGGCUGCUCUCUGCCGCGGGAGAUCGACCGCCGCAUCCGCGUCCGGAAGCGCGAGCGCCGCCAGGCCGCGACCAUCGUGCUGCAGGCCGCGUGGCGCGGCUACCUGGGCCGCCGGCGCGCCGCCGCCGUCCGCGAGGAGCACGUCCGCCUGCAGGAGGCUCGCCUCCAGGCCGCCGUCGUCCUGCAGAAGCACUGGCGCCGGCACGCCGCCCAGGAGGCCCUGCGUCGCGCGCGCGGGGCGGCCGCCUCCAUCGCCCUCUGGUACCGCGGCGCCGUCGAGACCCGCCGCCUGCGUGCCGACUUCUUGCGGCAGCGCGCCGCCGCUGUCAAGAUUCAGGCGCACUGCCGUGGCAUGCUGACUCGCCGUCGCUUCGCCGACCUCCGCCGGAUGGCGGCGGCCCUCCGCCUCCAGACUUGGUUCCGCCGCCGCCGUGCUGCCCGCCAGUUGGAGCUGGCCGCCUCCCUGGCCCGCGGCUGGCAGGAGGAGCGCCGCCGGCAGGUGGGCGCGUGCCGCCUCCUUCAAGCGCGCGUCCGCGCCUGGCAGGGCAUGCGCCGCGAAAAGGCGCGCUUCCAGGCCCUGCGCGCCGCCGUCCUGGUGGUGCAGCGCCGCUGGCGCGCGCAGCGGGCCAUGCGGGUGCAGCGGGAUCGCUUCGAGGCCACGCGCGGCGCCGCGAUGCUGGUCCAGAGCCGCUGGAGGGCGCAGCGCGCCAUGAGGACGCAGCGGGCCGCGUACCUGUUGCAGCGCUCCGCGGCCACCACGGUGCAGCGUUGGUUACGCGCGCGCCUGCAGCGGCAGCGCUUCCUCCGCCUGCGCGCUGCCGCGCUCUUCGUGCAGCAGCGCGUGCGCGCCCGCUGGCAGGCCAAGACGGCCCGCGCCGACUUCCUCGCGACGCGGCUGGCCGCUGUCACCCUGCAGCGAGCUGUCCGCGCCUGGGCUGCCGGCCGGAGGGACCGCGCCCGCUUCCUGGAGCUCCGCGCCGCCGCCCUCACCCUCCAGCGCAAGGUGCGCGCCCGGGCCGCCCAGCGCCAGCUCCUCCACUCGCGGCUGGAGAAUGCCGCCCUCAUCGUGCAGCGCCGGUGGCGUGCUCGCCAGGCGUCGCGAGUCGCCCGCGAGGACUUCCUGGCUUUGCGGCAGUCUGCCUGUGUCGUCCAGAACAAGUUUCGCGCGAUCCGAGCCAUGUGGGUGGAGCGCGAGCACUUCGUGCGCCUCGGCCGAGCUGCUGUUCUUGUCCAGAGACGUUUCCGAGCCAACAGGGCCAUGCGUCAAGAACGUGCGCGAUAUGUGACCGUCCAAAAGGCUGCAUUAACUAUCCAACACCACUGGCGUGCUCUACUGGCCAUGAAAACACAGCGCUCUGAAUUUUUGUCCCUGCGCAGUGCUGCAUGUAUCAUUCAGAGUAGGUUCCGGGCCCAGCGGACAAUGAAUACUGAUCGCAGGCGGUACCUUCAAACCCAGCAUGCAACUGUGACCAUUCAGAGACACUUCAGAGCUUUACAGAUGAUGCGCCAUGAUCGUGAUAGCUAUUUGUGUCUUAAGAGAGCAGCCAUUUUAAUUCAAAGUCACUGGCGUGCUAAAUGUUUGAUGAAAAUUCAACGUGGAAGUUUUACUGCCAUGCACCAUGCUGCUUGCACCAUUCAAAUUAGGUACCGAGCUUACAGGGCCAUGAAGAAUGAUCAUAGAAACUUCCUAAAACUCCGCUUGGCUGCUGUGACCAUUCAGAGGCACUUCAGAGCUUUACAGAUGAUGCGUCACAAUCGUGAUCGUUACCUAUGUCUAAAGAGAGCAGCCAUUUUAAUUCAAAGUCACUGGCGUGCUAAAUGUUUGAUGAAAAUUCAACGUGGAAGUUUUACUGCCUUGCACCAUGCUGCCUGUACCAUUCAAAUAAGGUACCGAGCUUAUAGGGCCAUGAAGAAUGAGCAAAGAAACUACCUACAACUCCGCUUGGCUGCUGUUAUUAUUCAGAGGCGGUUCCGUGCAAACAGGUUGGCGCAAGAGCAAAAAGAAUGGUAUUGUCAGCUGCGGAAUGCCACCAUAAUUAUUCAGCGGAGAUGGAGAGCUCAGAGGUCUAUGGCUCUGGAUCGAGAAAGAUUUCUAGAAAUGUGCAAUGCUGUGAUUUUGGUUCAGAAACGUUGGAGAACCAUUCAGAUAACCAGACAGCUCUCUUAUGAAUUCCUCAAAAUCCGUUCUGCUGCUGUAGUUUUACAAAGGCAUUGGCGUGCAAUUCUCCAUGGAAGAAAGGAACGUCAGAAUUAUAUAAUUAUGCUGGCUUCGACAAAGCUUAUCCAAAAUGUAUGGAGAAGCCACAAAUUAAUGAUGCAAGAGAAGGAACAAUACCAAUCUCUAAGAAGGGCUACGAUUACGGUGCAGAAAUACACCAGAGGAUUUUUGGCUCGUAAAAGAUGCCAAGUUUUAAGGGAGCAGAAGUUGCACUGCACUGAACUCUAUGAAUCCUCUGCUAGACUCAUUCAGAAAACUUGGAAGAACUGGUAUAGAAAGCAAAAAAAUCUUCAAGAAAAGUCUGCUGCUGCUCUCAAAAUUCAGGCCUACUGGCGUGGUUAUCAAUCUCGCAAGAAAUUUGAGGAAGAAACUAAUAGAUUAAAAGAACUUAAUAAAGAAUUGAACUCUGCAGAAUCUCAGUGUAUGAAUAUGAAAGAACGCAUUGGGAUACUCUGUAUUGAACUUGCUGCUGAAACAGUUGGAAGUGUAGUGUUCACAUUAAAUGCAUUGAACACAAUAUGCAUGAUAUCACCUGUUUUAUGCGAAGAAAUGGUUUAUAAUGACUCUGUCUCCAAGUUAUUUAAUAUUCUCUGCAACAUAAAUAGAGGCGUAGCUGAUUCGGAAGUUGCACGGUUGUCAUCGAAAAUUUUGGUUCAGUUGUGCAAGUAUAAUAAAACUUUUGAGGCAGUAUGGCAGGAUGGAUCUUAUUUAAACUUAUACCCACAUUUGAUGAAGAAAUGGAUUUCAGUUGACGAUACAGUUCUCUUGUACUUCAUUACAAUGUUGUGGCACUUCAGCCAAAGUCCCAUGAAUGCCAAGGUUAUUGCAACUGAUGAGAAACUGAAGAGCACUAUUUUAUUCUUACUGAAUAAGUACAAAAACAGGAAGAGCAAGAAUCCUUCUCAAAAUGGUAUGCUUCCCUCAGUUGUCCCAAACUGGGGCUGCAUGAAGAAAGAGGCUCGACCAUUUGCUUUUGAAGAUCCCUUGUAUGGACUGCGAGCUCUGUGUUAUAAAUUAAAACUUAAUGUGAAUAUGUGAUUUGAAACUACUUAAUUCUUUGAUCGACUGUUGAUGUGAUCAUGUCUGCAUUUAACAGACUUAAUAUUUGUUUUUAAUUUAAGCAUGCCUGUGAUCCUUCUAGGUUUAAUUGUUUGACUUCUUAUUUUUAAAUACUACUAUGUAAUUUUAAAAUGGUUUUAUUGUAAUGAAAUAAAUGAAGGUAGACUUUUCUAUUUGAACUUUUUGUUGAACUUAAAAACGUUUAAGUUUAAACUAACCAGUAAAUGGCAUAGACCAAUCCUAAAAAUAAGGGGAAAUGAAGGGAAAUGCAAAGAUCAUUUGUAGUUAUGUAUGAUUUUAUUUCUUGCUAUGCCAAAUGGGGGGAAAGAGUACAGAACAUGGUUGGAACCACCAUCACAAAUUGCGGCCUCUCUAUGAAAGAAUGAGUCAAGUUCAGAGUUCUGUUUCCCAGCCAAAGGCAGUAAAAGAACCUCUGCAGUCAACUAAACCUAACUUGAGACAAGACAAGCAAAAUGCAAUGACAUUUAAAACGUAAAACAAGGUAUUUUUCCAGAAAUUAGUUGGUACAGUAACAAUUGAAAUUUCAGGUACACUGCUGUUUCACUUACAGUUUUCAUAUUGAUUGGGAUCUAGAGCAGGCAUUUAUUUCUGAGAAAGCUGGAUGGAAACUAUGUGUUUAAAUUCUUAAGUAAAAUCUUUACAUGUAUACAGUGAACCUAGAAAACUAAAAGAAAAUUCCAUGCACAAUUGAUCCACUUAAAUAAAAUUAGAGACAACAAAGCACGAAUGAAUAAUUAUUUCACU